UGUAUGACUCCCCUGAAUUUCCUGACAUGACGGCACUGGACUCUCCAGACAUGGCGGCGUUGCUGUCGAUUGAGAGUGAGAGGAGUAGACGGUGGCAUUGUUGCUGAGCGUGAAUUGCAGAAAACCGCCUCAUCAGUGUUAUCACUCAGUGGGAGAGCUGAGAUGAUUUCUGCCGGAUUUGUAGCAUUAUUAAUUAUCAACAUAUAUAUUAUAAUAUGUGGGGUAGAAUUGUGGAGUUGUUUAUUUUGCUUGUUUGUCUUGUACCUUAGUUGCAGUUCGCACAAUUCUUGUUGAUCGUCAUUUGUCAUUAUCAAAUUUUGGGGAAUUGCUUAAACCAAAAUGUUAAAUCAUCACUGAUAUAUUCGCAAUGAUGUCUGUUUGCGGGCACAUUUGACGUUUCUUUUCUCUGUUUAUGCGUCGCCGGAUAUACAAAAUUCCGUCAAUCUUCGUCAAUUAUCAAAGAUUCGAUUUGGUAGAGGAAGAGAGCUUCUCGAGCUGAGCUGAAUUAGUGAUGGCGCAGAAGAGCGAGGAGCGGUUGUUGGCGAAGAAAUACUAUGAGAACUGCCCGGGCUGUAAGGCUAAUCAAAUUAACAACUCAAGAUCAGGUCUACCUAUUCCAGAGCUCUUCUCCAUAUCGGUUAUUGUGCUUUGCACGGCGCUGCCAGUAUCAUCUCUCUUUCCUUUCCUUUAUUUCAUGAUUAGGGAUUUUGGUAUUGCAAAAAGAGAGGAAGAUAUUGGUUACUAUGCAGGAUAUGUGGGAUCUUCCUUUAUGGUUGGCCGAGCAUUGACAUCUGUCCUUUGGGGAGUUGUUGCUGAUCAUUAUGGUCGAAAACCAGUUAUAAUUAUGGGAACUAUGGCAGUGGUUACUUUCAACACUCUCUUUGGCCUUAGUGUUAAUUGUGGGAUGGCCAUCUGUACAAGGUUCCUUCUUGGGAGUUUUAAUGGUUUACUAGGCCCAAUAAAGGCUUAUGCAAUUGAAAUUCUGCGGGAAGAACACCAAGCUUUAGGGCUCUCAACAGUCAGUGCAGCAUGGGCAGUUGGUCUAAUCAUUGGCCCAGCUCUAGGAGGUUUUUUGGCUCAGCCAGCAGAGAAAUAUCCAAAUAUAUUUUCAAAAGAAUCUCUAUUUGGGAGAUUUCCAUACUUCUUACCCUGCCUCUGCAUAUCCCUAUUUGCGUUUGUAGUAACCAUUGCGUCUUGCUGGCUCCCGGAAACGUUGCACAUGCACAAUGAAGGUGACAUACUGCUUGAUGAUUCGUUUACUGAAUUGGAACCUGCAUCCAUUGGAUGUAAUGCCAAUGGAGAAGCACAAGAAAAUGAAGAGAGGAAACUAAUAUCGAGAGGAAGUAUCAUGAAAAAUGGGCCUUUGAUGUCAUCAAUCAUUGUUUAUUGCAUUUUCUCGCUUCAUGAUAUGGCGUACACAGAGAUAUUUUCGUUAUGGGCCGUCAGCCCCAGAAUGUUUGGGGGUUUGAGCUAUUCAACAGAGGAUGUUGGUGAAGUUCUAGCAAUCUCUGGUUUUGGCCUUCUUGCCUUUCAGCUUUUUCUCUAUCCAUAUGUGGAGAAGAUCCUUGGCCCAGUAAAGUUACUUCGCGUUGCAGGGAUAUUAUCCAUACCACUUCUGGCUAGCUACCCACUCUUAGCAAUGUUGUCAGGGUUCAGCCUCUCUAUGCUGUUAAACUGUGCAUCUGUGAUUAAGAAUGUUUUUUCUGUGUCCAUUAUAACUGGAUUGUUCAUUGUGCAAAACAGAGCGGUGGACCAAGACCAAAGAGGAGCUGCCAAUGGAAUUGCUAUGACUGCAAAUUCUAUUUUCAAAGCAGUUGCUCCAAUUGGGGGAGGUUCCCUAUUUUCUUGGGCGCAAAAACAUCAGGACGCUGUAUUUCUCCCAGGUGAUCACAUGGUUUUCUUCGUCCUGAAUGUGGUUACAGCAAUUGGAGUGCUAAUGACAUUUAAACCCUUUUUAAGGACAUGAGUGGAAAAACUUAUUGGAUCAAUUACACAUUAUUUAAUUAGCCCUUUGAUUUGGUGUAAAUCUUAUGGCAUAUGUAUACAUCUUUUUAGAUGACUAGAUUUAUUAUUAUUCUGUAAACUUCUCAAUCUCAUGUUUAUGUUGUGAUGUAUAGGGUGGAGUUCACAUGUUUCUAGUAGAAAAACUGUGUGAGUGAUUGUGUUUGCUAUGACUAACCUUC